GAAAAUGGCCGGGGCGGGAGGUCCCCAUAGUGCUAACUCUCCGUGUAAUUUGUCUAGAAGUUUAGAUAGAAUACUUGUAGAUGCUCAGGCAACAUGUGAAUUAAAACUUAGUGGUCGAAAGUUAAAGGAAUACCCAAAAGGUGCUUCGAAAUACAACCUAAGUGAUACGGUCUUAGCAGGUACGGAUGUUCGGAUAAGUGAGCUGUUCAGGGAGACCGUGAGUUUUAGAAAUUAAAGAUGCUGACAAUAUAACAUUUAAAAAAAGUUAUUCAUAACUUAUUCCUCAGAUUAUAGUACCUUUUAUAUGUAUUAUUUGUCUUACAUUUCCUCUCAUUUGUUUCAAAUUAUCUUCAUGUGCUUGUCCCGUUUUUUAUGAAAGCUCGAGGGAACCACAGGUCGUGACGUCGCAACCUGAUCCAAAUUCUUAAUGGCGGCUGAUUGCGAGUGCUAUUACCUCGUGGGUUGUGUGUGCCGCCGUACUAGACCCGCUCCGAUACACUCAAACAAAGCAAAUAAAGGUAUACUCGCAAACAGAGACACGGUCAUGCGCACC